UCAGAGGGGAAGGGGCGGAGCUCUCUCUCAGUUCUCUGUAAUGAAGGUGAAAGUGAAAAUAGUUUUCGACUCAGAAACAGAGAAACUGCACCGUUACACUUCCUGCUGUAUCGGACUGAUAAAGGAGGAAUAUAUGUGUGUGUAGACAGGAGACAUUUUAAACACGGGGUUUAAACCUUAAUGAGAUAAAUACCGAAUAUGAGCCGCUCUGAAAUGUGGAAACGCUUCAGCUAAAGCAGCAGAUGUGUUUAUAUGAGGAACAGAGAAGGAUUUUAUUAGUUUGAAUCUACAGAAAGAGAUAAAGAUGGCGACUGCAAGAAAUGAGUUUAAACUCAUUGGUCCCAGUGGUAGAGAGCGGUAUAAUCACUCUGCUGUCACUCUCUCGCGUCGUCUGUCUCCUGAAAUCAGUGCUGUUAACAUGGAGAUCCGGUGGUUUAAGGAGACAGACUGUGUUUGUGUUUAUAAGAACAGAGAGGUGACAGAGGGGAGAGGUUACAGGGGCAGAGUGAGUCUGUUCAUUAAGGAGCUGAGGAGAGGAAACGUCUCCUUACAGCUGAGAGACUGUACAUGGACAGAUUUAGGAUAUUACCUGUGUCAGGUCACUGAUGGAGACAGAACAGAGGAGAUUACAGUACAGAUGAGAGUGGUAAGUAAAUAACUCGACUUCACACUAAUGGAAAAGGCUGAUAUUUUAUAAACUUAUCACAUAUAUUACAUUUUAAUCCAGGAAUCAAACAGAAACAUAAAAAGCAUUUUCAGAUCAUGUUUACGUGAAGGAGUCUGAUCAGUAAGUGAGAUUCCACUUCCAUCAGUCAGCUUCUUUCCCACAAUGCACCUGUGUGUAACCUCACUGCAGUGCAAUAAUGUAGACAGAGACGUUUACCAUGUCGAGUAAAAGACACAACAAACACACAGUAUAUAACACACACCACUGACAGACUCCAUCACAAUCUUACACAAUAAACAUAAAUCACAGCUUUAACAGUUUUCAGUGCUUGUAGACAGAAUAAUUGUCAUCAGUCUCUCUGUGUAACAAUCACACCAUAUUCUGAAAAAGCAUUGAAGAGUCGACUCGGCCUAGCGUUUAGUCUCUUUAAGCUAACAGUAGUAAGGCGUGUUAAUGCACACAGAAUAAAGACAACCUGACUGAACUGAGAACAGAAGUCCUUCACUUCAUUUACAAUGGAUAUAAAAAGUCUACAUGUCCCUGAUAAAAUGGCAGGUUUUUGUUGUGUAAAAAAAUUAAAUCAGGAUAAAUCACGUGUCACGUCUAGGACCCCGCCCUGUGCGGGGUUCGAACCCGGACUGCCGUGGUGUUGCGUGCAAGUGCCUGCACGCUGUGGAGAUAGAGACCCAUACGCAGGAUUCAGAGAAGCGCUGCUUUUAUUAUAUAAAGACGAGACAGAGGGCAACUACUGUAACUUAACACUAGACAUGGCAUGGUGUAAAACUAAACAAAAGACAAAACCUGAACAUAACUAACCUAAACCUGCCAUAACACCACAGCACAGUUAACAAUCACAGACAAAGACAUGAACACAAGGAACCCUAUUUAUAGGGAGAGACAUUAGGGCUGAUGGGAUACAGGUGACGCACCAGGAAUGAGAACAAUGGGAAGGGCGUAACACAAAAGACACACAAAGAAGCAGGCUUCCAAGGUUCACCUGCCAGCGCCCUCUCUGGGCCUGGCAGGGAACUGUCCAGCUGUUCCUGACAUCAUGUCAGAACAUUUUCUACCUUUUAUUGGGAAAUUGUGAUUCAUAUAUUAUAGUGAUAAACAAUAAGAUUUGUUUUUGUGGAGAAAAAAUAAAAAUAUACAAUUACCUGGUUGUAUUUUUGCACACACCCCUAAACUAAUACUUAAAGCUAGAGCUGGGUGAUAUGUCCUAUGAAUUGAAUCUCCGUUUUUUAAAACAAAAUUCGAUUUUCGAUUUCAAAAUGAUUAUUUUUCUUAAAGAAAAAUUAA